AUGGAUCGUCCUUUCCUUCGUUUAGCCCCAAUUAAAGUUGAAAUAGUUCGAUUUGAACCCUUAGCCGUUAUAUUUCGAAAUGUUAUUGGUGAUGGAGAGAUUAAAAUAAUGCAGAAUUUAUCCUUAAAAGAACUACAUAGAUCUAUGUUUGAAGGCAAAAUUUCCAACUUUAGAAUCAGCAAAAUUGCCUGGAUUAACUCAGACACUCAUCCCGUUGUUAAACAAAUAGUUAAUCGUGUAGAAUUAAUGACUAAUUUAAAUAUGAAGUCAGCUGAACCUUUACAAGUGGCAAAUUAUGGAAUUGGCGGACAUUGUGAACACCAUUAUGAUAUUGAUUCUGGAACUUUGAACGAAUAUAGAAUUGCGACAGCUUUAUUUUAUUUAAGUACACCAGAAAAGGGAGGAUAUACAGUUUUUACUGAUUUAAAAACAAUUGCUAAACCAACAAAAAAUGAUGCAAUAUUUUGGUAUAAUUUGUGGAGAAGUGGAGAUGGAGAUUUGAGAACAAUGCAUGCAGCCUGUCCUGUUUUGUUGGGUGAUAAAUGGGCCAUGAAUAGUUUUAUACACGAAAGAGGGCAAGAAUUUAGACGCCCGUGUGGUUUAGAUCCUUCAAUACAAGAACGUUAUGUUGGUGAUUUAGGAGGUCCAGAACCUAAAAAAUAUCCAAAUAUAUCUCCAUAUUGUAAAGAGGGAUUAUAUUGUGAAUGA